UCUGGCUUGGGUCACUUUGAAUGGGGAGCAUCACAACACUGGAUAAUAAGAUCAUAACAAGUGGUGGUAUGAUAGCCUCAAGGACAAACUGGAGCAUAUAAAAGAGAAGAGUAGAGACAGCUAACUCCAUCCAGUGAUAAUCUAGAGAUCAUAUAGUCCCUAGCUACACUGAUUCAAGAGAUAUCAUGGGAUAUAUUAAGAUGAUUCUAUUACUGGCUCUUUUUAGUUCAGUUCUGGCAAGUGACAUUGAUCUCCUCACACAAGGGAAUGGCAAUGCAUUUUGCACUGCACAUGAUUGCAAGGAACUGUAUGAACAUGGACAUACCUGCAGUGGAGUGUACACUAUCAAACCUGAUGAACUACCUCCAUUUAAGGUUUAUUGUGAUAUGAGUAAUGGUGGUGGUUGGACUGUAUUUCAAAGGAGAAUGGAUGGCUCAGUUAACUUUUAUCUCAAAUGGGCCGACUACCAAAAAGGAUUUGGAGAUCUCAAUGGAGAGUUCUGGCUGGGACUUGAUAAAAUACACCGACUCACAGCAACCGGCAAUACUAGCCUACGUGUUGACCUAAAGGACUUUGCCAAUGUGAAAAAGUUUGCUCAAUACUCUUCAUUCAGUGUAGGGAAUCCUCUCACAAAGUAUAAACUAAAGGUAGGAGGAUACAGUGGGGAUGCUGGAGAUAGCUUAGCUCCACAAAACGGGAAUGGAUUCACUACUAGUGACAAUGAUAAUGAUCAGUGGGAUGGUAACUGUGCCACUCAGUUCAAAGGAGCAUGGUGGUACUUUAAAUGUCAUAAUUCAAACCUCAAUGGACAGUACCUGACGGGCACACACAAAUCCUAUGCUGAUGGAGUGAACUGGGACAGUUUCCGAGGUCUCCAUUAUUCAUUGUAUGUCACUGAGAUGAAGACUCGGAGGAAUUAAGACAAGGUUUUGUGGACACUUUAAAAGCAAACU